GGAAUUGACAGAUGUGAAUUCCUGCUGAAGCGUACGACAAACGUAUCUGUAUGUGGAAAUAUCAAAUGUAAAAGCGUAUUGUAUUAACAUUAGUGUUUCAACAAAGUAAGGGAUAAAAAGGCGAAAAACGAGUAGCAACACUAAUUUUUCUGUCUCUGGUGGAUUUUCGAUUUUGUUUUUUGACACACGCAAACACUGCACCAAGAAGAACUUUGAAAAUUAUAAUUGCCACUGUCGAUUGAAUUGUUGAAAAUCGAACGCGAAUCGAAUUGUUAAUUCGGUCAGAUUUAUUUUUCUCCCCAAAUGAUACGUUCAUCUUUUAUUCACAAAUGCAGCCAUUUCUACGCCAUUAAAUAGCGAACGAAAUAUUUUUUGGUGAAAUAUUUUUCGACCAUACAGAACGAAUCACAUACACAUCGAUUGCUAUGAAAAACAUAAACAGAAAGUGGUAACAUUUUUUGAAGCGGUUAACAAUUUUUUGCGACGACGAUGAGAACAAUUUUUUGAAUUUUUUGUGCACGAGCAAUGUAAUUUCGGAGAAGUGUGAAAUAAAAGUUUUUUUUUUAAAAAAAAAUUUUCAAUUCAAGAAAUUUUCCACGCAUCUUUUAAUUAUUAUUUUUUUUUUUAAAUUCGUGAGUGAGUGAGUGUGUGCGUGGAAUAAAAAGUUGCUGUGAAUUCAUUAAUUUAUUGUGAGAGUGCAAACAUGGAGAUUGAGACGAUCGCCGAAUGGGAUGCAAUUUGCCGAAUUUGCCUGCAAGAAGGCCAAUUGCAUUCGUUAUUCGAUUUUGAUGAUGAGAAAUCGGAAUUAAAUAUUGGCGAAAAAAUUAUGCUGUGUGCACCGAUUGUGAUUACAACGGAUGGAAAAUUACCGGAGCAAAUAUGCACGGAAUGCUUAUAUGAUUUAGAUGUGGCGUUUCGAUUUCGUAAGAAUUGUGAACGAUCCGAUACGAUAUUGCAACGGUUUUUAAAUCCAACUGAAGACACAGAAUUAGGUGAAGAGUAUAUUGAACAGUCGAAUGAUCCAUUGAGCUCGUCACGGGCAUCGAAAGACAGUCGAGUAUUGGUUUCUUCAGAUGCUGGUCUCUAUGAAUACCGGCCACCAGUCGGUUUGAAUGUAAAACUGGUGAAAAGUGAAACGGGCGGCCGAGUGUUACGAACAGCCACAAAAAAGAGUAGCUCAAUCACUGCCUCUGAUGAGCACACAAUUUAUUUAAAAUCCGAACCAAUGGAUGAUGACACACUCGAUGAUAGCGAUAACAUUGAUGUAUUGUAUGAUAUUGAGACAAAUUUUGAAGAUUCUACCGAUGCUGCCGACAAACCAAUCGACUCGAUGCGCAAAGUAAGCGGCAAAAGUAGCUCGGACGCUAGUACGACCAAUGAAAAUGAUCCGAAAAUCAUGCAAAUCAAACCGGUUCGCACAAAUAAAGUACGAUUAGGCUUUACUUCGGCCAAUAAAACGAAGGCCAGCGGAAGCGUUAGUGUUAAAUCAAAAGCAACUAGCAGCGAAAAUGGUAGCAAAGAGAAUACGGCCACGGUUCGAUCACCGAAAUCCAAGACUAACGCCAAAGGUGAGCCAAAGCAACCGAAAAAGUGCGAAAUUUGCGGCAACACUUACAUGUAUCAACAUGCACUGGAAAGCCAUAUGCGUCGGCAUCGUAAUGAAAAACCGUUUGUGUGUAGCGUGUGUGGGAAAGGUUUCGUUAUCAACUUUGAAUUGAGUCGUCACAUGAGAACACACACGGGACAAAAGCCGUACGCUUGCAAGUAUUGUGAUAGAAGAUUCUCCGAUUUUGGUAGUCGCGUGAAACACGAACGAAUCCACACGGGAGAACGGCCCUACGCUUGUAAUAUCUGUGGCAAAACCUUCGCAUAUUCACACGUUCUAUCGAGUCACAAUUUGAUCCAUACCGGUGAAAAGAAAUAUCAUUGUGAGGUGUGUGGAAAGCGUUUCGCUAAAUCGCAUCACUUGAAGGCACACAUGAAUACGCAUAACAAAAAUGGUGCGAAAAAUCAGCAACAAUCUCAACAGCACAGCCAACAACAACAUGAGGACCAAUCGCAGACACAGCAAAUAUACGCUUUACAAGUGAUUGAUGAUCAAUCGCAAAUCGAUGCCGAUUCGGCCAACGAGGGUGAUUUAGCGGAAUAUUUGACACAAGCGAAUAUCAUUACAAAAGAUGAUGAUGGCACAAAUAGCGAGGGUGAAGGUCAACUCUUGCUAUACGAUGUCGAUGUUUUGGAAGCAAUCAAAGAAACAUCCAACAUUAAGAAGAAAUACAUAACGACGACCAAAGGUGGCCAAUUCCAAGAAAUCACCAUUGCAGAUCAUCAGGAUCCCAUUGAAUUACUUACAUUCGAAGAUGAUGAAUUAGAAUAAAAUGCUCCACUGUCGACAAUGCCUCGAAUUCAGUUUAACUUCGAUAUAUUUUUUCCCUUUUAAAUUUAAAAUAAUUCUCCAACAUUUGUACGAUACAACACUGACUUAGUUGGCUCAUAUUUUCUUUGCACUCUGAAACAUUAGAUUAAACAAGAAGAAUUAUUCACUUUUGUUCAAUUUUUGGGCAAUAGAGCUCGAAUGAAGGAGGUGAACAAAUGCUAUAGGUUUACCAUUUGCACUGAAUGAAAUGCUUUCGCAUCAACAGUAAAUUGUUUCCCAUUCAAAUGAUGGUAUUAAGAGCACUAGGAAGAAGACUUUAAUAAGUUUGUUUAAAUACACAGAAUUCUAAGGACUAUAUUAAAAGAAACAAAAAAAUGAUGAAAA